UCGAUCUCACCCUUCUUUGGUUCUUUAAUUCCCUCCUAAUUCAACAUUCAACACCACAAAUGGCAAUGAAAGCUGUGCUUCUUCUUCUUGUAGUAUCCUCAUGGGUGUCAUCCUUCGUUAUGGCAUAUGACCAAGAGCAUGGCUAUCCCUCAGCAAAGGCUCCGGGCCAUGAAUAUUAUAAAUACCGUCGUCAUCUUCAUGCUCCAAUGCAUCCACCAGAGGCUCAUGAUCAUCAUUAUGAUCAUGAUAAACAUAACAAACAUCAUCCUCAAGCUCCGAUGCAUGCACCAGAGGCUCAUGAUCGUCAUCAUGAUCUUCAUGACAAACAUUUCAAAUAUCAUCCUCAUGCUCCGAUGCAUGCACCAGAGGCUUAUGAUCAUCAUCAUGAUCAUGAUGAACAUUUCAAACAUCACCCUCAUGCUCCGAUACGUGCACCAGAGGCUUAUGAUCAUUAUCAUCAUGAUGAAGAACAUCACCGCCAUGACGAACAUGAUCAACAUCAUGAUAAAAAUUACAAACAUCAUUCACAUGCUCCGAUGCAUCCACCAGAAGCUCAUGAUCAUCAUCGUUUUUAUGACCAUCCUUAAAAUUGGACGCCGAUUUGCUCUAGAUUUCUCAAUCAUUGCGUGAUUUUCAGUUAUUUUUCGAUAUUGGUUUUCUCAUUGUUGUUGAAUCAUAUUUAUAUUGCAUGUAAUAAAUGGCUUGUAGAAGCCUAUUGUGACUAUCUUUUUGUUUAUUCUUGUUAUGGGUUUAAGACGGGAUUUGUUUAAGUUAUUAAAUUUA